GACGUAAACCCUGGUUUAUGCAUAUUUAUUUAUUGAUCUCAAAUAUACGUAUGUAUGAAAUUAAAACAUUAUUAAUUAAAAUCCAGAGAAUGCCGUAAAAAAAUUACAGUGCAUGCUGUAAAAAAUGCUCGAUCGACUUUAACUAUUUGGAGGAUAUGGGCAUGGAAAGCGACCGAUGGGCUUUUUUCCAUGCCCAUCGGUCCACCAGAUAGCGAGAGACAGGGCUCGACAUCGUCCCUGAAAUCUUCAUGGUAAUUUACUGGCCCGGAUUCUAUCCCGGGUUUUCCAAAGCGCGCACGCACGCCGGCCGUCGACUUCAUUAAAUUGCAAUGACUAAUUUAAAAAUUAAAUCAUAGCAAAGUACACUAAGUUGCUAAUUCACUUUUAGAAAAAUGUUGAUUUGUCACACUUCAAAUAGUCAUAAUAUAAAAUAUUUACACGUAAAAACUUUUAAAAUCUAUGUUAGAAUUUUCAAUAUGGCUACCGAUAGCAUUGAGAUCAAUAUGGAUUUUAACACGAGUCCGGCCAUGAGUACGAUUACGUGUAUGUGUCUGAGGAGUGUUAUUAACCUCGGGAACAGUAUUAUUGGCGUCAGUAUAUUAGCCAUGCCGUAUUGUUUUAAAAAGUGUGGUAUUCUGCUGAGUAUAUUAUUGAUAAUUGCCAGUGGUCUUAUUACUCGAGCCGCUUGCCACUUACUCCUCAAGUCAGCAAUUAUGGCUAGAAGAAGAAAUUUUGAGUUUUUAGCUUUUCAUACAUUUGGGCCCACUGGUAAACUCGUCGUAGAAAUCGGAAUCAUUGGAUUUCUUAUUGGAGUUUGUGUAGCAUUUUUUGUAGUAGUCGGAGACUUAAGCCCGGCCCUUAUUGCUAAAUUUCUAAUGGUUGAAAAUACUUCACAGCUAAGAGCAGAAAUAUUAAUAUUUUUAGGUUUAUUUGUUGCUUUUCCUCUUGGACUUCUAAGAAAAGUGGAUAGUUUAACUAGUUUCAGUGCCAUGUCUAUAGGUUUUUAUAUGUUUUUGAUUCUAAUUAUUGUAGGAGAAGCUUUACCAAAAUUGUUAGCAGGCAGUUGGUGGAAUCAAGUCAACUGGUGGCAACCUGCUGGAUUAUUGCCUUCUUUGCCUAUAUUUUCAAUGGCUCUAUCCUGCCAAACACAACUUUUUGAAUUUUUUGAUCCAUUAAAUGAUCCUUCUUUGAAAAAGAUGAAUUCUGUCAUUAAUGGUGCAGUACAGAUGUGCUUAGCUGUUUAUAUAUCUGUUGGAUUUUUUGGUUAUAUUGCCUUUCAUGAUAGUCCCAUCAGCGGAAAUAUUUUAAUUCGUUUGACGCCAUCAUUAACGGCUGAAGUUAUAAAAGUCGGUUUUAUAUUAUCAGUCGUUAUUAGUUUUCCCUUGUGUCUAUUCCCUUGUAGAAGCAGUCUUCAUUCACUAAUAUUUAAACAGGGAAUGGGCCAUUACGAUCUACAAAGUAGUUACAUGCCUGAUCAUCGUUUCCGUGUUCUGACGUGUGCGCUCGUCACUGCAACGAUGGCUACGGCCAUUAUGGUUCCCAACAUUGAAUUUGUCCUAGGUUUAUUAGGCUCGACAAUUGGCAUAACGAUAUGCGUGAUUCUUCCUGCAUUAAUUUUUUUACAUUUAACUACAAAGAAUACUAAUGAGCGUCGAAUGGCUCAACUUGUCACCUUUAUUGGCUUUUUUAUAUUGAUUGCCUGUACGUUUUCGACACUCAAUGAAAAUAAAACUCAGGAAGUUGCUUCUCAAUUAAAGCCAAAGAUUGAAAAUGAAGAAAUAGGAAAAGACACAAAACCGAUUGAAAAUAAAAUGUUUGAUUCUUUAAAUAAAGAUAAAGAAGUUAAAAAUCAAGAAACGAUUGAUUCGAAACAAAUAGUGAAAGAAGUUGCACAAAAUGUAAAAGAAGAAAAAAAAGAUAAAGCAUCAAGCGAGAACAAACGUCAAGAACCUCCCAUACCACAAGAGUCCGAGAAGAACAUGGUUAAACCAAUAAUUGAUAAAUCUCUCAAAUCUCAAGAUGCUCUUGAUCCCGAAGCACUGAAAAAAGAAGAUAAAGAGAUAAAUUCGCAAAAGAAGCAAGAAGAAAAAGAAGAGAAGAAAAAGGAAAAGAACUUAAAGAAAGAAGAAGAGCUUCUAAAAAAGCUUGAAGCACAACACAUUGAACAGAAAAAGAUCCUAGAAGAGCAGAAAAAAUUGUUAGAAGAAUUGAAAAUGCAUAAAGAAACUCACGACGAACAAAAGGCUAAAGUUAACGAACCCGCACCGGUUAUAAAAGAGCAACAAGUUCAACCAUCCGAGAAUAUUAAUAAAGUGGUGAAAGUGUCUCCAGAAUCAUUUGUACAAAAUAUUCAGCCAAUGGCUAAUGAAAAAUUGCAAGAACCUUUAAAACGUCCAGAAGAACAGUCAGUAAAAUUACAACAGCAAAAUCUGCCAAAUCAGAACCCACUCCCCGAACAGAAGAAUGUCGAACAAAAACGCAACAUAAUUGUAAAAGAACCAAUGAUUAAAACAGUAGAUAUCAAACCGGAAAAUAAACCUGAACUCGUAGCUCGUUCGCAAGAACCAUCAUUUGUAAAACAGCCAAUACAAUUGGAAACAAAUGCCGAAACAAAACCGGAACAGAAAAUCUUACAACCCAAUAUGUAUAUUGUUAAUAAUGACAUUCAACAAUCCUACACCAAAGAACCCAGCAAACUGCUCGAUGAAAAUGCACAAGUAUUAAAAGACGGACUUCAGCAAAUAAAUAAAAAGUAUUUAAAAAUUUCAGAAGAAUCAAAUAUCUUAAAAAAUAAUAAAGAAAUAGAACAUGCAAAAAACAUUUUAUCUAAACCGAUUCCAUUUUUAAAUCAAAACAACAUUCCGAAACCCGACAAGAUACCAAAAGACCAAGAUCGGGUGCAGUCUUUGGAUGACGUUCAAAACAAAACACUAAACAAUGAGGAGAAAAUUAUAGAAAUAAAAAAUAACCAAGAAUCAUUAAAGAAAAAGAGGGAAGUAGAAACAAGCAAAGACGAAUUACAGAAUAAACAAAUCGUGGAAAGUGGGAAAGCGGUCGACCAGGCACCCGUCGAGUCAGAAAACGCAGACGCCGCCCAAAAGCAGAACGUAAAGCCCGAAGUCAGUAGCGCGGCUUCUCCCCUCAAGCACGAGAUGAGAAGAUUGUUAUUUCACAACAGAUGAGAAUAACUUUCAUACUUUGAAAUGGGUAAAAGUGUUCAAGUAAGCCAUUUUGUGCAGUAAAUGGCAAGAACAGACCAAUGGAAAAUGUCCACUUCUGUGAUACAAAUGCAAAAUUUCAGGUUUUAUAAAAAAAAAAAAAAAAAUGUAUAUGACAUUUUACACAAUGAAGUUUACAGACAUAAAUUUUUUGAGGAUAAAAUAUUGUAAAAU